ACUCGAGAUUGGACCUCGGGCCUUGUGGCUGUCUUCGGGCCCCGGAGCCGGCCUGAGCUACAUGCUUCCCCUGCAGGGCGCGCUGGGAGCGAGCUCUAUCCCCAAAGCCCAUUUCCAAGUCCCGGGUACGACUACGACGCUGGGCAGGUCACCCCACCCUCACCCCCUUCGGCGGCCAGAGCGCCUCUGCUGAGAGCUGACGACCCCGGCCUGACCCCAGGCCCCACCGCCUAGUCCCGGCUCCCGCCCUUCCUCCAGGGGCAGGGGUCACACACAGCGGACGCCCCGUUCUCAGCUGCCCCUUUGAUCUCUGAAUUAGGGAGCCGGCGUGUCCGCUAGGGCGUCUUCUGCUAUGGGCACUGGGACCCCUUUACUGCUUCGGGAAAGAGCCCCGACCGCAAGUGGGAAGGCCUAGACUGCCCGUGUCCCUGCUCCCCAGCUCUGCGACCACCAGCCAGGCUCUCAGCCCCGGGGCUUCCAGGCUCGGGUUUUGAGGGAGGGGCCCGGCCUUUAGGCCCGCAGACCCGCCACCGCGCGUGCUCACGCGCUGGCCGCGAGCCCCUAGGUGCAGGCUUGGGCGGCUCCGGCCCGCGUACUAGUCCAGGCGCCGGCGGCCUCGCGCUCCCCAAGCUUCUGCUCCGGCGGAGAGCUGGGGCGGGACUGAACCACUGUGGCUCAUUACAGUAUCCUCUCGCCGUCAGCAGCCCCAGCCACCCUAAUGUGCCAGUGCGCUGAGGCGCACGCAGAGACUGGUGCGGCAGCCCUCGAGCCGAAGGAAAGCGAGCAAAGCUGGUUGGGGAACUGUGACACGCAACUGAAGUUGGGGCUGCACCGACUCCCUCCGCUUUGGGGGAGCCACGGGCCCGGGCAAGCCUGGGAGGAGGCUGAACAGCCCGAGGCCCGAGCGGGAGUGGCGGGCCGCGAGCAGGAGAAUGUAUAUUUGGAAGGGGUCAGGACCUCGGCUGGAGUCUGGCUUUUUAUGGCGAGGAAGCUGACUGGGAAGGGCCUUCUGGCGAGGCUUUCCUGUUGUGCCACUUUUCCCCGGCAGCGCCGGGCCCAGGGAACGCGGGGCUGCAGCGGGGCGGGGGAGGGGGCUUUACCCCGCGGCUCCGAGGACUCGACUCUGGGGUCGGGCCUGGCGGAUAGGCCCGCCCAGGAGCCAGCUGGCAAAUGCAGCGGACUGUCACGUUAUUCCGCAGCCACCAAACACUUACUGUAAAUCGCUGUCCUGCGCCUCCGGGAGAAUCCGUCGAACCUGAGAGGGGAGAGAGGGUGGGGGUGGGCUCGCAGGAAGCCCCACAGGCAGCAGGGACUGCUGACCCAGGACGUCAACCGCUCGAGUUCUCUCUGGGAAUUUCUAGCACCCAGACUUCCCUGACAGUGGGAAUCACGGUGGGGCCUCUUCCUCCUAAGGUCUCCCGGGGACGACCGGCGCGCCACCCUCGCCUCUGGGUUAGCGCACACACCUCGCGUUAACCAGCACAGCCAUUGUGAGGCCCGCAUAUCCUUAGCGGGUGAUAAUAAUAAAAAUCACUGGAUUCACGAGGAAGCCUCUGGCCCCGGCUCCGCAGACGCUGCUGUCCAGCUGCGGAAAGACCCCGCGGCCGGGCCCGACCCGCGAGUGAACCCCGGGCUGCGGACCCAGCCGGGCCUACUGGACUGCCGCGUCCCCAGCGCGCUGGCGCGGGGCUCCUGGGACAGGCCUCGCAAGGCCCUCCUGAGCACGGUCUGGGACGCCGAUUUUGCCAACUUGGAGGACAAUUUUUGUUUUCUCUCUACCAACAGAUUUUAAAAAUCCGAUCGCCCAUGAAAUGUGCUUCCCACCCCUGUCGGGUUUGUAGGUUUGUAGCCAUUUAGGAGCCCCAGCGCAGCCUCCCGGCCCAGUGACCUGCUUCUAUACUGAAGGAAAUGUGGAGGUCUUAAGAGUUAAUGGCGCUAAAUGUGUUGGUUUUCCUGCUUUUUCCCCGGAGUAGGUAAUGGGAGGGGGGAUGUCCCUCUCUCCCCCUCUUCCCUCCCCUCUCUUUCCAUUUCUCUCUCUCCGAUCCCGGGAUCUAAGUCGUCCUCAGAGCACUCCAGCAAACUCCUUCCUUUCCCAACCUUGAGUUCCUUGUCCCCACCCCGCUGGAGUCCCUCCCUGGAGCCUCCUCUGCUUCUCUAGGCCCUGCCUAGGGUUCCACCACUUAGGUCAAGCCAGAGGCCUCACUGCCUGGCCCUGGCUCCCACUCCGAUGCUCACUUGCUGGGCUCACAAACUGCUCUCCCAUGCCCACCCAAGUAGCACCAAGCUGUGUUGACUUAGGGGGCCAAGGAGCAGCCCACCGAGUCCCCUCAGUAGGAGCGGCCUGCAGUCACAGCUGCAAAAGAGGGUAGACGGUCAUAUCCUAAUGACACCAGGGAGAUCAGUGGGCUUGGAGGGGCCCAUGGACAGGCCGGAGAAAGAAAAUGCUCUUUGGGAGAAAGGGAGGCAUCUCCUGGACCAG